UAGGUCAUAGUAAACGAAGUCUCCCAAUAUAUGUAUAACUCUCAAUUUACUUUCCUUAAAUAGUCUCCCUUACACCUAUAAAGAUAGGUUACUCUUUUUUAUUUACCUCCACUAAAAGGGGAACAACUGGCUAAAAAAAACGGUUAGUCACUAUCGAUGUAAACAGAACGUCCGUGAGUGUGUGUUGGUAUUUCCAUUAGGGCCCUAGAGUUGGCUGUAGGCUUUACGUUGCUUCUCGCACGCGAGUGCCGUUACAAUUUGUUACAUUUCCUCCUUGUUAAAAAUGUAUGUUAUACUCUGGACUGCACUGAUUAUAUUUACCGCGAUUAUGAUCAAGCUUUUGAUUAUGGAAUCAGAGUUGCCUUCUAAGGUUCUGCCUGCCAGCCUUAAGUUGUACUCAUCCUACGAUUACAUCAUAGUUGGCGGUGGGACAGCAGGGUGUGUGCUAGCUGGCCGUCUGUCGGAGGAUCGCGAGGUCAAGGUACUGCUGCUGGAAGCUGGUCCGGACGACAGAGGAGAUGAAAUCAUUUCCACACCCGGCAUGGCGGACAGACUUCUCAAAAGCGACAAGGACUGGGGCUAUCAUACUGAGCCUCAAGAAACGUAUCUCAAAGGGCUAGUUGAUGGGCGGUCCUAUUGGCCGAGUGGACGAGUGCUUGGUGGUUCUGGCAGUAUUAAUGGCAUGCAAUAUGUUCGAGGCUCCAGGCAUGACUAUGAUAGGUGGGCCAAAUACCUGAAAACUGACCAGUGGGACUACAGACAUGUGCUGCCUUACUUCAAGAAGUCUGAAGAUAUGCAGAUCAAACAGUUGAAGGCAUCUGAAUACCAUGCCACAGGUGGAGAGUUACCUGUACAUCAAACCAACGCGGAAACAGUUGCCAUGAAGCUGAUAGAAGCCGGCGAAAGACUUGGCUAUCCAGACAAUUUAGAUUACAAUGGAAAAACACAAGAAGGUAUCUCCGUCUCUCAGGUGACCUCCCGACACUCACGCAGAUGGUCCACCAGCAAAGCUUUCAUCCACACAGCAUGGGACAGGGCAAACAUGCACGUGGCAGUGAAUGCUCACGUGAUCAAGGUGAUCAUAGAGAACAAACAGGCUAAAGGUGUCGCUGUGGUCAGAAAUGGUCAAAAAGAAAUUAUCUUCGCCAGUAAAGAUGUCAUUUUAUCGGCUGGGGCCAUUGGAUCUCCUCAGCUACUCAUGUUAUCUGGCGUUGGUCCAAGGAAACAUCUGACCAGUCUUGGGAUACCUGUCCACAAUGAUCUACCGGUCGGGGAAAACCUCCAGGACCAUGUCCAGUUUGAUAUUGGUGCAAAAGUUCAAUUUUCAAUGACGUCAUCGCUCAGGAGAUUGGAAAGUGUUUGGGCUUACCUUCAGUACAAGAUUCUUGGUUCAGGUCCAUUGAGUUCAGCCUUCCAGGCGGAAACUGUAGCAUUCAAAAGUACCACCAAGGAAACAAGGGAGCUAGAUUGGCCAGAUUUACAGAUCCAUUUCUCAAGUUAUCUCCCCUCGUCUGAUGAUCAACCGUACGGCUAUACAGAUGACGUGAAAGAACAUAUGAUUGGUAGAGAGGACGCAAGUUUCGGUUUCUUGUGUCUCCCGACCCUGCUCAGACCUGAGACCCGGGGGAAAAUAAGUUUAAGAUCCUCCGAUCCCUAUGACCCGCCACUGAUUGAGAUGAAGUACCUAGACAAACAGGAGGAUGUAGAGCUGAUGAUAAGAGGUGUACAGGAGUGUGAGAAAUUUGUUAGCACAGAGACAUUACAGAGCAUCGGUGCGGAGCUCACUGAGAAAACAGCAGCCAGCGCGUGUGAAGCAUUCAGGUUCAAAUCCCAUGAAUAUUGGCAGUGUUUAGUGAGACACAGACCGAUUUCUUCCUUUCACUAUAGCGGAACUUGUAAGAUGGGGCCUGAGAAUGAUCCCACUGCAGUUGUGGAUGGACAUUUAAGGGUAAAAGGCAUAUCAAACCUGCGUGUGGUGGACGCCUCAAUCAUGCCCUGGAUUAUCUCCGGAGACACAUACGCACCCACAAUCAUGAUUGCUGAGAAGGCAGCUGAUAUUAUUCGUGGAAGACCACACCUGGGACCGAUGAACAUUUAACAACGCUGACAAAUUUGAACCAACGCAACAUCAGCAACUAACAUAAGGACAAUACAGUUAGAUGUUGUCUUGUUUAAUAAGACUUCUCUACCAUGUAAUAUUUAUAUCAUUUCUCAUCUUUCACCAUUUAGAAAAUAAAUUAAAUAAAAAAAAAGAUUUCAACUAUAAA